AUGGCGUCAUUACAAGAAGCACAGAAAGCCAAUGUGCAAAACGAUUAUGAUGAUUUAUUGACUUGCUCAAUAUGUCUAGAGACUUUCCGAAAUCCAAAGUAUUUACCAUGUCUACACACAUUUUGUGAGUUGUGUAUUAAUACUUACAUUCUGUCAAUUGUUAAAGAAGAAAAAGCCAUUGGAUUUAAAUGUCCGGUCUGUCGAAACCUAGCGCCGUUCGAUAAAAGUCGAGGCACACCAGAAACAUGGGCUAAACAGUUACCAGGUAAUCAUUUUAUACUUUCAAUGAUUGACAGAAAAGCAAUACAGAAAUUUGAAAAGCUUUGUGAUACGUGCGAACAGAAAAACGUUUCACAGAAGGCAGUAUCAUUCUGCACUGUAUGCGAAGAAUCAUAUUGCGAACCAUGCGAAGCUAAUCAUAAGUUGUAUAAAGUAUUAAGAAAUCACAAAACAAUACAAUUUAAAAAUAUAGACGAAUAUACUACUUCAUCCGAAAAUUUUGGGUUCGUUAAUUGUGAAGAACAUCCGGACAAGAAUAUUGAAAUAUUUUGCAAGGAUCACUUGAAACCAUGUUGUACAGUUUGUGCCACGGUUCAUCAUAGAAAAUGUGAAGAGGUUGUCACCGUAGACAAAGCAACUUCUGGUAUAAAGCAAUCAAUGAAAGCACGAGAACUCAUGGUGAAAUUGAUAGAAACCAGUGACAAAUUAGGAAAAGGUAUUAUAAUACAUAAAGACAGCAUGACAACUUUUGAAGAAGGUAUUGAAGUUGUCCUGGCUGAUAUCCAAUCCCAAAAGGAUGAACUUAUCAGACGUUUAAACGAACUUGAACUUCAGUUACAGAACGAAACACAUGCUACGAAGAAAAAGAUAUCUCUAAAAAUGUGCGACGCAGCUACUGAGUUGUCGAGUUUAAAAAGUAAUGUUGAUAACUGGAAAAAUAUCUUUGAAGCAUGCACUCUGCAAGGUUCGGACCUCCAAGUCCUGGUAAAAAUGGAAGAGAUUUCAAGUAGAAUACCUCAGAUUGAGAAAGAUAUAUCAAAGGUAGAACGUGAAAUAAAGGACGUGUCGGUAUCAUUCAAACAAGAAGUCAUCACCCUAAACUGUCUUGGUAGUUUGAAGGUCACAGAAAGAUCAGUACAACUAGGAACUGGGUUAAAGAAAGUUAAUUUCCAUUCAGGAUGUGUUACAGUUCUAGCAACCAUUGACGUUGAUGUUAACAAAGGUUGUCAAAGAGUGUUAAGCGGAGUUUUCAUCGAUGAUAAUAUCAUUCUGACAGACAAAGCGAACUCCAGAAUACUGUGCUGCGAUCAUAAUGGAUUAACGAAAGAGGAAUUUAAAAUGCCAAGCCAACCAACCGACGUUGCAAGAAUGGGUGAUAGGAAAAUAGCCGUUGCUUCGGAUUCACGACAAAUAUAUUUAAUGGACAUACAACCAUUUACUUUAAUCCGUACAAUGAUCAUCGAUGCUUCUGUUUGGGGACUAAGUUAUAUAGAUGGAGUGUUUAUAACGGCUUAUAAUUCAACCAUAACGUGGUUGAAUUCUGAAACUGGUGUGAAAAUAAAAGCUUGUAACACAGGUUUUGACACACGAUUUGUUACAAGUUACAAGACAGACGAAUACUUAUAUUUUAGUGGAAACAAAUCUAUUUGUUUCAAAUCGGCAAAGGGUGAAGGAUUUGAUUAUGAGAGCAAUCAAUUAUCGUAUGCGUUCAGCCAGGACAUUGAUUAUGAUGAGAACAUUUACACAACUGGGUUUGAUACUAAAAACAUACACCAGCUGACUCCAACUGGACAACUAGUUAGAAUUAUUCCUAUUUCGAAAAUAGACCCAACAAUUACGGAUAAUCCCUGGGUAAUUCGAUUUCAACAAAAUAGUAAUAGAUUUUUAUUGACAUUUUAUCAGACUGGAAAAGUUCUCGUUUGUGAAAUUGACUAAAAUACCCAAUACACAAAAAAUAACAUAGUAUAGACGUACAUUGUAGUUUAAGUGGAUAUGACAGUAAAACAGAUAGUGUUUUGAAUUUUAAAUCCUUUCUAAAUUUUCUUGUUGCAACUGUCGGUUUAGUUCAAGAAGUUGUCAGACAUUUGACAUAAAUAUAAUCAUAAA